AAAACAAAUGCUUCCUUACCUUAUCCUCAUCACCAAUUAUCAUUUCUUUAGCCCACAUUCACUUUCUUGCCAAAAAUGAAGAGGGAAGGUCGCCAACAUGGUAUGGUUAGGACCUACCGGAUCCUCCCAGCUCCGUGGAAUCCGAGACCAGGACCCCGGUUCGUUCAACGUUUCGAUUCGCCCCCGACUGCCGGAUUGUUCACCAAGGUGGCCGUGAGGCCUACUAACCAUUCCAAGUUUACCGGACGGUGUGGUAGGCCACGGUGCCUAGGGUGUCACAUGCACCCGGCUUGUAAGUCCAAGGACAAGACCAAGGGUAGUCACAAGUUAAGGUCCAGUGAUGAUAUGGUCACAGACUAUAGGUUGAAAACUUGGAGGGUUGUUGAUGGGCGGCCUGGUUUGAACUUAUCAGGGUUUUCUGCCACAAGGAUUUUGGACCACUUGGACGAUGACUAUGAAGAUUAUGAAGGUAAUGAUGAUUACAUAGAAGAUAAUGAUCAUGAUUAUGACUAUGAUAAUGACAAUGAUGAUGAUGAUUAUGAUGAUGAUAAUAGAUGUGAUCUCGAUGGUUUCCAAGAAAUAGAAAAAGAAGGUGAGAUCGAAGAAAAUAUUGUUAAUGAUGAUGACAAAAAUAAAGGCGAUUAUGUCGACGAUGAUGAAGUGAAAUUUGUUUUGGAUCAAGAUUUGGAAGAAGAAGGUUGGUGUUUGGUCGGAUAAAUUUCACGGUCAAUUUCACAUGUUGUACCCAAAAUGUCAAAUAUAUUAUUGGUUUUAAUAUUUGUGUAAGGUUGUAACUUAGCGGCCAUAAUUUAUUAUCAAUGGCUUCCUUGUAUUCACAGCCAUGUGAAUGUUCAAGUUCAUUUAAGCCUUAUCACUUCUUAUUCAUAGGGCAUGGAUUUGGAAGAAUAAUAGAAAAAGGGAAUAAAAGUUUCAUUUGAUAAAGUU